GCAUGACGGUGCCAGGGCCAGUGAGUGAGUGCAAGUGGACAAGAAGACUUGUGUCUCAGCGUGACCGACCGAGCCACGGAUAUCUGUACCUCACACAUUGAGAACAAGGUGCAGAGAGAGGCUGGGAGAGAGCUCGGGACUCAGCAGCAGGAGCGACAUGCCUCACACAGGUCAGGCAGGGGUGAACCAGCUGGGAGGGGUGUUCGUGAACGGGCGCCCUCUGCCGGACUGCGUGCGUCGUCGCAUCGUUGAGCUGGCGCUCAUGGGAGUGCGUCCCUGCGACAUCUCCCGGCAGCUACUCGUCUCCCACGGCUGCGUCUCGAAGAUCUUGACCCGCUUCUACGAGACCGGCUCAAUUCGCCCCGGCUCCAUUGGCGGCUCCAAGACAAAGCAGGUGGCCACGCCCACCGUCGUGAAGAAGAUCUUGCGUUUCAAGCAGGAGAACCCCGGAAUGUUCGCGUGGGAGAUCAGAGACCAGCUUCUAGCUCAGAGGAUAUGCGACCCGAACUCUAUCCCCAGCGUCAGCUCCGUGAACCGCAUCCUACGGAACAGUGGCGCGUGGACGGAGGAAGACCUGGUAUCCGUGGCAGCAGUGGCUGCUUCUGGAGGGCCUUGCCCCCAGGGUCCCAGCAGCACACAACAUUCCCCAGCCACUGGUGGUACCACAUACCAACACAAGACAGCGUCACUGGUAUCCGGCAGGAUGGGGUUCUUCUCCCCACACCCCCAGCUACCUCAAGGUUUCAACCACUCGAACCACAACUACACCACCAACACGAGCAGCACCUCCGGACGUCUUGUAGCCCUGCACCAACUUCACGCCGCCACAGCACCUAACACCCUCUCUGCCAAGAGCUCCCUCACUCAACCCCAGUCACCCUGGACGAACUUCAUGAUCUCAUGUCGACCUCACCACUCCACACUGCCGUAUCACCCCCGAUACGGGGGGCUCCUGAUGUCAGAGGGCGGCUUCUCUAGCGGACAGCUACACGCCGAUGUCCUUCAGAGCUCGCACAGCAAGAACAGCAGCACAGCUGGCAGUGAGGAGGACUCGAUGGACAAAAGUGAAGACGACGAAGAGGAAGAAGAGGUCAGGAUGAGACCAGAGAGGAGAAAAGAGAGUAAACAGCCAGAACGGCAACAGCCACCACAGGCAGAGAAGAAACGCAAUCCGUACUCCAUAGAGGAGCUUCUCAAGAAACCCGACAACGCUAAAAAGUCGUCACCGCAGCCAGCGACCGUUUCGCUGCAGGCCAUGCUACUUCAGCCGCCAUGUGGGCUCUUGGUGGACAAACCCUGUACGUGCAGCUUGGUGUCAGCGGUAAGGCCUCACCAGGACCAUGAGGUCUCUGGCAUCGACCUCACCGAGGCUUCGUCAUCGUCGUCUUGUGCCUCAUCCAUCACAAUACCGCAGACAGAAAACUUACACAAACAGGCAGCCACUUGUAACACGUAGUGCAUGGCGAGGUAACGAAAGGUAUCAUGAUACAAACGGGUCUCAAACCAAAAACUCUCACUUAAAAGUUUAGGAAUUCAGCAUUUUCCAUGCUACGCGUAAGGCAUAUCGCUCAGAAAUAAACGUUAGUCUGAAUGUAUUUGGCGUCUGAUGAGUUGAAGGAACCUCCUUUAUCAUCACCCCCCC